UGUGUGGACUGUCCUGCUCUGUCUCUGGCCUGGGACGGAUUGCACAGCUGCUGCUGGACACACGCAGAGAAAGAGUGUGUGAAAGAGAGAGUUUCUCUAGACGAGGGACAUGAGCACUGGGGUGUGAGUGAGAGUGGUGCUGUGCGAUUUCUGCCUCCAGGACCACCGGACGGUGUGGACAGGAGGAAAGAGACAUGCAUGGGCUUCUGCACUCAGUGCCCUUGCUGUGGAGGGGGGCCGUGCAGAGAAUCAGAUGCUUCCACUCCUUCCCCGUGCUGUGGAACCAGCAGGUUACGAAAGGUGUGCGGUAUAAGGAUGUGUUGGUGGGUGUUCCCAAGGAGAUCGUGAAGAAUGAGAGGCGUGUAGCUGUGACCCCGGCAGGGGUGGAGGCAUUGGUGAAGCAGGGCUUCCGUGUGCAGGUGGAGGCAGGUGCGGGUGGAGAGGCCAAGUUCUCCGAUGACCUAUACCGAGCAGCCGGAGCAUCUAUCACAGACACUAAGGGAGCCCUGGGCUCGGACCUGGUGCUGAAGGUGCGAGGGCCUGAGUUUAACGAGGCUCUAGGGGUUCACGAGGCAGAGCUGCUGAAGGCCAGGUCCACCAUAGUGAGCUUCAUCUACCCAGCACAGAACCCUGAGCUUAUGGACAAACUUGCCAAACAGCACAGUACAGUGCUUGCCAUGGACCAGGUUCCUCGGGUAACCAUCGCCCAGGGUUACGAUGCCCUCAGCUCCAUGGCCAACAUCGCAGGGUAUAAGGCUGUGGUUCUUGCUGCAAACAAUUUUGGAAGGUUUUUCACUGGUCAAAUUACAGCAGCAGGAAAAGUGCCCCCAGCAAAGGUGCUGGUGAUUGGCGGAGGGGUAGCUGGUCUAGCUGCUGCAGGCACAGCUAAGUCUAUGGGAGCCAUCGUCAGGGGCUUUGACACCAGACCAGCAGCCUUGGAGCAGUUCAAGUCAUUUGGGGCGGAACCUUUGGAGGUGGAUGUGAAGGAAUCUGGGGAAGGAGUUGGAGGUUAUGCCAAAGAGAUGUCUAAGGAGUUCAUAGAGGCAGAGAUGGGACUAUUUGCCAAGCAGUGCAAAGAUGUGGAUAUCGUCAUAAGCACAGCUCUCAUUCCUGGUAAGAAAGCUCCAGUGUUGAUCACCACGGAGAUGGUGGAGAGCAUGAAGGAUGGGUCUGUGGUGGUGGACCUGGCCGCAGAAGCUGGAGGAAACAUCGCGACAACAAAACCUGGAGAUCUGUAUGUGUACAAGGGAGUGACACACAUUGGUUACACAGACCUGCCGAGUCGCUUGGCAACACAAGCCAGUGUCCUCUACUCUAACAACGUGUUGAAGCUCUUGAAGGCCGUGAGCCCGGAUAAAGAGUUCUUCCACUUCCAGCCCACUGACCAGUUUGACUACGGCACCAUUGACCACGUGAUCAGAGGCACGGUCGUCAUGCAUGACGGCAAAAAUAUGUUCCCUGCCCCCCUACCAAAAACCAUCCCUCCUCUGGUGCCAACCAAACUGAAGUCUGUAGCAGAGAUGGACGUGGAGAAAAGGGCUGCGAUUUCACCUUUCAGGCGAACUAUGAACUCAGCUAGCAUUUAUACAGCAGGGGUGUCUACUGUGUUGGGGUUGGGGAUCAUCUCCCCCAAUGCGGCAUUCACACAGAUGGUGACGACCUUUGGCCUCGCUGGAAUCGUGGGUUACCACACAGUGUGGGGGGUCACACCUGCUCUGCACUCUCCCCUAAUGUCAGUCACCAAUGCCAUCUCAGGUCUAACUGCAGUAGGGGGGUUGGUGCUGAUGGGUGGAGGUCUGACUCCCUCCACAUUGCCGGAGACUCUAGCACUACUGGCAGCUUUUAUUUCCUCCAUAAACAUUGCAGGUGGCUUCCUCAUCACCCAGCGGAUGUUGGAUAUGUUUAAGAGGCCGACAGACCCCCCAGAAUACAACUAUCUCUACGCCAUACCGGGAGUGGCCUUCGUGGGGGGCUAUGGAGCAUCUAUGGCCAGCGGUUACAGCAUUGAACAGAUGAUGUAUCUAGGUUCAGGGCUGUGCUGUGUGGGGGCCUUGGCAGGUCUGUCUGCGCAGGGUACCAGUCGCCUAGGAAAUGCUCUUGGCAUGAUCGGAGUGGCUGGGGGUAUUGCAGCAACCCUGGGUGCACUCAAACCCUCUCAGGAACUUCUGACACAGAUGUCACUUGCCAUGGCAACAGGGGGAGUUCUGGGUCUGACCAUCGCUAAGCGGAUCGAGAUCUCAGACCUGCCUCAGCUGGUCGCUGCCUUCCACAGCUUGGUGGGCCUGGCUGCUGUUCUCACCUGCAUUGCAGAGUUUAUGAUUGAGCACCCACAUUUGGACACCCACCCUGCUGCCAGCGUGGUGAAGACCGUGGCCUACCUGGGCACCUACAUCGGGGGUGUCACCUUCACCGGCUCGCUUGUCGCCUACGGCAAGCUGCAAGGUAUUCUGAACUCUGCUCCUCUCCUCCUCCCUGGGCGCCACCUGUUAAAUGCAAGUCUCAUGGCAGCAUCUGUGGGUGGCAUGGUGCCCUUCAUGCUGAGUGACAGCUACAUCACCGGUCUGGGGUGUUUACUUACAGUCUCUGGCCUCUCUGGCAUCAUGGGUGUAACUCUGACAGCAGCCAUAGGGGGCGCUGACAUGCCAGUGGUCAUUACAGUGCUGAACAGCUACUCUGGCUGGGCACUGUGUGCUGAGGGCUUCCUGCUCAACAACAACCUCAUGACCAUCGUGGGCGCUCUGAUUGGCUCAUCUGGUGCCAUACUGUCUUACAUCAUGUGUGUGGCGAUGAACCGUUCCCUUCCCAACGUGAUUCUCGGUGGGUACGGAACCACGUCCACGGCGGGUGGGAAACCCAUGGAAAUUGUAGGCACACACACUGAGGUCAAUGUGGAGCAGACCAUCGAAAUGAUCAAGGAAGCCAACAACAUCAUCAUUACUCCUGGUUGGGGCCUGUGUGCAGCAAAAGCUCAGUAUCCCAUCGCUGACAUGGUGAAGAUGUUGAGAGAACAAGGCAAGACUAUUAGGUUUGGCAUCCACCCAGUGGCAGGACGAAUGCCUGGUCAGCUGAAUGUGCUGCUGGCAGAGGCUGGAGUUCCAUAUGACGUAGUGCUGGAGAUGGAUGAAAUCAAUGAGGAUUUCCCUGAGACUGACUUGACCCUCGUUAUUGGAGCCAAUGAUACGGUGAACUCGGCAGCGCAGGAGGAUCCAAACUCCAUAAUUGCAGGGAUGCCUGUGCUGGAGGUGUGGAAAUCCAAACAGGUGGUUGUGAUGAAGCGAACUCUAGGUGUAGGCUAUGCAGCUGUGGACAACCCCGUAUUCUACAAACCCAACACCUCUAUGUUGCUCGGAGAUGCCAAGAAGACCUGUGACAGCUUACAGGCCAAGAUCAGAGACGCCUACUACUAACUCCUCCUCCACUGCCCCUUCUGCACAAGACAGCUUCAGAAUUACAAGAAUAAUAUUUCUUUAGAAAACAACCGUUUUAAUUUUAUUGUUUUUUCAUGAUAAAGUGCCUUUAUGAAACAAAUAAACCAAGUCAUUUCAGGUGAUCGCCUAUAAUUUGACACUUUAAUUGCAUGCACUGAUUUGUAAAUAAAAUAUUUAAGCUGUUA